CGCUUUCCCGAUCGGUUGCCCUGCAGCAGGAGCGUCUCGGCCUUAGUUCCGCGUCUCCAUCCCGGGCUUGGCUCCACUGCAGGCAAAGGCAAUGAACUCGUCUGCCAGCCUCCGGAGCUGCUUAGCGCUGGGCUCGCUGCUGCUGCUGCUGGAGCAGGUUCUGGGCGCUCCCCAGGCGCUCGCAGCCCCAAACCAAGAGGUCUGCCUGCUGCCCCCAGAGGAAGGCCCCUGCCGGGCUCUCAUCCCGAGGUGGUACUACAACAGGUACACUCAGACAUGCCAGGAGUUCACUUACGGGGGCUGCGAGGGCAAUGCCAACAACUUCCGAAGCUUGGAAAGCUGUGAGAAAAGCUGCUGGAUGAUCCGGAAAGUGCCCAAAAUAUGCAGGCUGGAGGCUGAUCCAGGACCAUGUAGAGGUUACCUAAAAAGAUAUUUCUUCAACCUGACUUCAAUGAAGUGUGAGAAAUUUAUCUAUGGUGGAUGCUAUGGAAAUGAUAACAACUUCCAAGAUGAAGAUUCUUGUGUGGACUACUGUUUGCCUCAGAAAACUGAUCCCUCAUUAUGCUAUAGCCCAAAAGAUGAAGGAUUGUGUUCAUCUUCUGUGACUCGCUAUUACUACAACUCAAAGAGUCAAUCAUGUGAAGAGUUCAGCUAUACAGGUUGCGGUGGAAAUGCCAAUAACUUUGUUAACAAAAAAGAUUGUUACAGUAUCUGCAAGAAAGCAGGGAGUAAGAAAUCAAGUUUCAAAAAGUCAAGAAAUAAACUUCCCAAGACUAUGAGAAAACUACAGGAAAAAAUCUAGUCAAUCUAACCUAAUGUGUUAAAUCUGAAGAGCCCAUCAAUGUUAAAUGCACUACUUUGACUUAGAGAGCCUCCUACAAUUGUGUGUGUGUGUGUGUGUGUGUGUGUGUGUGUGUGUGUGUGUACAAUUUUAUUCCUCAAACUAGUUCUGUCUGAGAACUAGUCUCUUUGACCUGUUUUUUACAUUAGAAGCAGCUAUUAUUAGUAAUGUGAAUUGAUUUGUUUGGUUCUCUGCAACACUAUUUUUGCUUAAAAA